GGCAUUCAGAAUGUCAAUGCAAUAUGUACAGAUAACGCCGAGCUCAUGAAGAUCGCGGCGAACAUGUUGCAGACACACCCAAAUCCUGUUGUGUGUCGCAUUCCCUGGAUCCCAUGUACAACACACUGCCUAAGUUUGUUGCUGAGGGACAAUGCCGCACAACCUUUUGUGCGACAAACGAUGAGAGACACACACAAGAUUGUGAAGUUCAUGUGCAACAAACAAAAAACGCUUGCACUUCACAAGGACAUGAAGAAGGCGUUGGUGAUCAGGCGACCAGCGGAGAUGCGUUUCGGUACAGCAUACAUGAUGCUGGAGAGGCUGUACGACCAGAGGGAGGGCUUGGACACAUUAGUGUCGUCGGAGAGGUGGGCUAGGGUGCAAUGGGUUGGGGAUGCUCGGGAGCGGAUGCCUUAUGUCCGCAGGCUCUGCAGGGAUGACGGGUUUUGGAGGGACGUGAAGAGGGUGAUGGACAUCAUGGGUCCCGUUUACAAGUUUCUCAGGGAUCUUGAUAGGGACUGUUCAUCACCCACUGGGCUGUGGGAUUUGGAGGCCAUCCUCCGACAGAGACUUCGUUCACUCGACCUGUUGGACGUUGACAGGGACACGAUGAUGGACAUUGUGAGGGAUAGGGUGGAGCCGAUGGUUAAGCAGAGGGCAGAGCAGAGGGUGCGGAAGAGGGUUGAUGAGAGGGUGGAGCAGCGGGUGGAUCAGAGGAUGAGGGACGUGGUAGAGGUUACGGUUGAUGUGACCUUAGAUCAGCGAGGGGAUCGAGGGAUGGAGGAGAGUGCUUGUGUGGUGCCGAGUGAUCGCCACUCUGGCGAGAGCAUCAUCCGUGAUGUUGUGACAUGUGGACGUACUGAGCAGAGGUUGGACACGGACCAUGGUGUUGGAGAUCGACUUGGCUUGGACGGGAUUGGUAGAGACAGAGGCGACAGGGCAUGUAUCCGUGAUACGGGCAUUCCGCCUCCACAGGACACAUUUCCGUCUUCACAUGAUGUUAUCACGCGGCGCACUUUCUACGGGAUCCCACCACUACCAUUGCGGACGUCAUUGCCACCAUCGACAUCGACAAGGGCAGAGAUUCAUUUGGGGAGGUCUACGACACCCGGCGUAGGUGGCGGACACCCUGCUACAUACGGUCGCGCACCGAGUUUAGCACAUACUAUCCCUUUGUCAUCGUCUAGUGGUAGCACCUCGCCUCCACUUACGUCCGCUCGAGCACGCCUUCCUCUUCAUGUGUCUGGCGCUUCCACCUCUAGGACAGACAAGGGUAUUCAGCCUCCGCGGAGUCCACUGGGCAUGCCGCCACUCCCAGCACGACUCUCUACUGCUAUUCAAGUUGUUGAUAACGUCAUGAUGAGUCGUGCAGGUAGGAAGAGGAGGAGGGAUGAGGAUGAUGGAUGCGAGCAUGCACGUGAAGGUCGAGUACGUCGUGGCACCAAGAGAAGACGAGCACGCCCACCAGGCACAAGCCGAGGGAGAGGUCGCCCACCGUUAUCAGGAUGACACUCUUGGGCGAUGAGCCAGUUGGGUGUAGAGGACACCAGUGAGGGAGGUGCAGUGGAUAGGACCACAACAG